AUGAGUACGACCAAGCCGCUAUGCCAACUCUGCGAAAAGAUCAAUCCCAGUAGGAUGCUUGCAAACGAAGUCAAUGAAAUCGCCGUUGGCUUUAUUCAUGACUACAACAAAGGUCAAGACUGUUCAUUCUGUGCGCUCAUUUCCAGAGCAGCGUCUUUGGCCUGGAGAAACAACUCGAGCGAAGAUUCACGCUCGGCUAUCAAAACAGCAUCACAACUAUUCAUUCAGAGCCGGAGCCCUCUCACACUCAAAGUAAAUGGUCGCACAAAAUAUCCUGCACCACGGUUAUUGCUGGCAAGCGACCAACAAGCUUCAAGCCAGCGGAACAAUCGGCCUCCUCUACGAGAGAUUGACCGAUGCGAAGACAGGUUCAUUUUUGCUGAAAUUGAACACUUACCCAACUCCGCUGAUAGUUUCAUCCGGCGACGUGAUAUUCCGAGCUCUUUGGAUGUUUCUUUAGUGCAAAAAUGGUUGGUUGAUUGCAAUAGUCAUGAGCAUUCCAAGGUGCCACUAAGCAGGGCCAGCAACACACUUUUCCAUGGGCAACACCCCUUCCGGUUGAUCGAUGUAGUAGAGGAAUGUCUGUCAGAUCGGAAUGAACGGUGUGAAUACACAGUGUUAUCUUACACAUGGGGAAAUUCUGACACUAUUCUGAAUGCGGAAGAGAAUACUAAAGAAGCCUCAAUUCUUGUCACAACUCAAACAAAUCUAGACACACUUUACUGUCCACGUGCUUUAUCCUCGCUGCGAAGAGAUAGACAUCCGGAUGGAAUUGUUCCUCGUACUGUCCGUGACGCAAUGGAACUGACACGCAAGAUUGGGAUUCGAUACCUGUGGGUGGACACGCUUUGCAUUGUGCAAGAUGACCAUGAUGACAAAUCACGACUAGUUAGCUCGAUGGGCAACAUCUACAAUAGUUCUACGCUCACCCUUAUUGCAGCUGUAGGUGACGAUCCGCAUGCGGGACUGCGAGGAGUGAGUCACCGUCCUGAGAGUCCUAUAGAACCUUACGAGAUUAUCGAUCAUGGCAAGUUGCUGACGCUUUCUCUUUGCCUACCAUCCUUAUGCGAGGAAGUCCGAAAGGGCAAGUGGUACACUCGUGGUUGGACAUACCAGGAGCAGUGCUUGUCGCAGCGCUGUUUGUACUUCACGUCGAAUGAACUCUUUUUUCAAUGUCCCGAAAGACAGUGGAGGGAGGGAUACGACUAUAUGGAGCAAAGGUCAUCUCAAGAAAUUCAAGUCCGCACCGGGCCCCCUUGGUGGAGUAAGAGACUCAGAAAAGACCCCGAUCCUACUCCCUAUCGUUACCUAGGGGAUGUCAAAGCGCAGCUGCAAGCCGAAAGCUACCUAAUGGCAGUCCAGGAAUACAGUCAGAGAAACUUGAAACAUUCGAAUGACGUGCUUGAUGCCUUCGAAGGCAUUUUUCAUCGAUUCAACAGGCCAAAGAAUCUGUCCAACUUGAGCAUUCAUCAGACCCAAGCCAUUCCAGCUGAUAUCUUUUCUCAAGCCAUAUUGUGGUUUCCAUCGAAAACAUGUCAGAAACGUGUAAGAACCACUCAAGCUAGAAUGUCUGUGAAGCAGUUCUCGACAUGGUCAUGGGCUUCUUGGAUUGGAUCUAUCGAAUUUAUAUUUGCAGAGAGCCUUUGGCUAUCAAGAAGCAUCUCUCAUGCCCCGCGCAAAGGUGUUCCGAUCCAUGUGUGUAUUCCUCAAUGGCAGGUUGGAAAUUCGACAGAGAAAACAUGGUCAAAUUCUGCGUGGAAGAGCGCGGGCAAGUACUAUCGCAGAAAUUUGAGGCGCUUUCCGGAUAGUUUCUCACCCACCCAACAGUUUCUCGGUAGUUGUAUUGGAAUUGAUCUCCCCUAUUUACUCGAUCAGUCAUUCGCAGCGCGCCGAUCCACACUCGAAUGCGGGCAACUUAGGUUUGUUGCGCCAUAUUUGAGAUCUCGAGAAUUUGUUCUUUCUGCUGGUACUGAUCAAUCGAUCAAGUUGUUAUCCACAUCUGCAACUCAUCGCGGCGAAUUUCGGUUUGAUGAUAGGAUGUUGAUUGGGCCGAUAAAUGAAUUGGUGAUGGUAUUGUGUACCAAUACUGUGACCAAGCCCCCCAGGGCACUGGGUGUCUUUCUUGGCCUCACUACUUGUAAAGGGAUCUCGCGCCGCGUUGGAAUUGGCUUUCUCAACUUUUCUAGAGAUGCGAAAAGGCCCAAGCCAUCAUGGGAAUAUAAAUCUUUUACCAUAGAAUAAGAUGAUCACAUAUACAAGAGUGGCACAACGAUCAAGCCAUCUAAUACUGGCGAUAUGAAUGAUUUCUAUCAAAAGGUCGCCGCUAGUAUCAUAACUUCUCUAGAUUCUACCAUAUACUCACUAAACGCUUUCUCUGAAAAAUGGAAUAAAUCUUUUGGAAGAAAUGUACUUGCAUUGAAGUCUUGGGAGCGAAUAGGGCUGGAAAGAUGACUGCGAUGAACAUGAAGUUGUAUGGACAUGAGAUAGAUGAUUCGUAGUACCUAAAUAUAGUAAAAUGAUGAAGUAGACAUAAUGACUGGAUACUAGAAGAAAGGGAUGUGAAAGUAAGUUAGUAAAUAGGCACUUCCUCCCUAUAACAUAAACAUAAACGAGAAUAAUAAUACCCCGGUUCUUAAUUUGAUAGUCUGGAAUCUGUAGACUUGAGAUGAGGAGUUGAGAAAGGUGUCUUUAUUUCUAUUACUUGCUUAAUUGUUUGCUAAUUUAUUUGCUUACUGUCCUAACGACUGUCAUACCAAUAUGUUGAUAUUUGUAGGUCUUGUAUGUAAUCUUAUAUUCGUAUAGUACCGAGUAUCAAACGCAUGGUUGUAGCUUCCUAUCUUUUUAUUGUAUUAGGUAGACAAGCAGAUAAUGGUAACAGAUAGACCGAUUGACUCAUAAUGAUUGAUGAAUAAUAAAUGACUCCUGAGAUGUUUCUUGUCUCUUAUAUAUUGACAUUUUUUAUUUUUUUGCUUGAUUUCUGUGAUUUCAUUGAUUUGUUGUGUACUGUAUGAUAGAUGAGGUGUUUAUUGUUGAAGUUGACAGUUUGUUGACGUACAGCUGGAUGCGAUGGAUGAUGGAUGAUGGAUGGAUGAAUGGAUGAAUGGAUGGAUAUUCAAGUGAAUACUAGAGGCAGAUGAAUUGAUAUCAUCUCUUCGGAUUUCGGAAUAGUUACCAGAUAAUGAGUUCAAUGCCAAGUCUGCAGGCACAUCAUUAUGAUCACGUCCAUCUAUCUGUCGUAUUGGAUUGUAUCUCUUUAUCAUUACUUUCCGAGUUCAUCGAUUCUUGUGGGUUCAAUAUUCAAGAUAGUGAGAAUGCAUUCAGCAUUUCGGCCAAUUCAUUCCGUGGAAGAGCGAUGUUGAGCGAGGAUACCCGGGAUUUUCAAUAUCCUAAUCAAUGUUUCCAAGUUCCAAGUUCCAAAUUCCAAAUUCCAACAGCUUGCUGGCUUACACUCCCGAGGUCUGUCUGAAUGAAGAUGGAUGU